AUGAGACUUUUAUUCACUGCGUUGUCCACUUUUAUCGUGGUCAUUUCAAUAGUUAAUCAGGCAUUUUCUACUCUUCAAGUAGAUGUUUCUGCAUUGACAUCAGUUGCUGCUUGUGGUAAUGCAGGUGGUUGUAUAUGCGAUAAAAAUGAUAAAACUGGUGGUCUCAAAU